AUGGGCACCUUGGCCUUCCGCUGCUCGUGCAUCCGCGCCAGUGCAAUUAUGAAUUGGAUCAGCAACCCAGUGCACUCAACCGUCCCCAUUGCCGCAGAGGUUUUCAAGAAAGCUGGAACUUAUAAUCCCAAACGUCUCCUUGGAGUGGCAAAACUUGAUGUUGUGAGGGCUAACACUUUUGUGGCUGAGGAGCUUGGAGUUGAUCCAAGAAAUGUCAGUGUUCAUGUUGGUUGUGGAGAGCUCUUUCUUGUUACCGACAUGUCGAACCUACCUUCAGCAGCAGUUAAAAUGUCUAUCAUUAGAGAAAGGAAGAUUCAAUCAGGAUUACAGAUGAUGAAGUCCAAGCUCCCAACUGCAAAAGCUUGCUUCACAGUUUGUCAGGAAUUUCAGCAAUACUACUCGCAGCAGAAGCGUGGUGGUGGGCUUCGGUUACUCAGUUGUCAGAUGAGAUGA